GUGCUCUCACGCCCAUGAAUGCCGUGUGUCUCGCCCGCCCCCUCAUGAAUGCAAUGCACCCAAUGCACCCACACAGGUCUGCCUGUCUGUCUGUCCGUCUGUCUGUGUGCCUGCCGACCGGUGAGCACCUCACACGCUUUUGUGGAGCGCACUUGACCGCUCGGCAGGCAGGCAGUCACACCCAACGCAACGCAACGCAACGCAACGCAACGCACACAUGAGUACGUGUCCACGGAUGAAGGUCUACGUCGGUGUCUCUCGCAGCCAAAUCAAAUCGCUCAGCUCUGUCAGUGUAGAUGACGUGUUCGCUGAGCGGUUCGUGAGGCCGAGAGAGAGAGAGAGAGAGAGACAUGCAGCCCAUGAACGAAGGAACAAGAACUCACGGCGAUGUUCCUCAAAUCACUCAGUCAAAUCACUGGUGCACACACACACACAGAGGGCCGCGAAAGUAAGCGGCGCCUGUACGUCUUGUUGAAGUGCAGUGUGUGCGGGCGCCGCGCACCCCACACUCUCGACACGAAGGAAACAGCACAUGGACAAAUACACAUGGGAAAUCAAUAAUCGAUACACGCUCGUCCUCGCUGCCUGCCAGUGCUGUCUGUCUGUCUGUGUGUCCUCGUGUGUCUGUCUGUCGGCGACCAUGGGAGCAGCCAGCUUCACCGUUCACACAGGCGCCAGCCAACGAAUUUUGUGUAUGUAUGUAGUGACAUAGACAAAUGAAUCAAUCGGCAGGUACAGUGAGAAUGUACGUAUGCAGUGAGUGAGACAAAUGAAUCAACACAACGAACGAGAACUGACUGACACAUCAACGAAUGAAUCGUCUGUCUGUGUGUAUGUAUGUGGGUACAGUGUGUGUGGCGGUUCGUUCGUGUGCAUCCCCAAUCCCAAUCCCUCCCUCCCUCGAUGGAUGGACCGAUUGAUCAGCACCAGCCACAUGAACAGCAGCAGCCACAGCAGCCCCAGCACUGGUACUGCCACCGGCAGCCACAGCAGCCACACACCUGCUGCCACCCGCACCUGCAUCUCGUAGACGCCUGCUCGUCGGCCGCGCCAUCUGAUAAGCCACACACACACACACAGACAGACAGACAGACAGUAUGGAUGCUUGUGGGUCAGUCAGGUGAGGCAGGCCCUUCAUCCGUACCGUCCGUAGCGGUCAGGUUGGCGGGUGUCUUCCAGAGAGUGUGCACGAUGCCUUUGCUGACGUGGUAGUUGCGCUUCUCCAUGCCCUCGAUGUCGUCGCCCUUGACGACGCUGGCGAGGACCUCACUGGCCUCCUCGGUCGCCGGGUCCUGCGUCCACUUCACCUCGCCGAACUCCAACUCGAGCAGCGUCUUGAGGAGACGCUCGCCCUCCUCUCGGGUCAUGUUGGCCGGGACUUCCACUGUGCCGGCUGCAGUCACUGAACCGCCUGCAAAGGAGACAGGCCAAGCUUGUGCAAAACAGUGAGUGUAUCAACCAACAGUCGUGUGUCCGCAAGCAACUCAAUGGCCAUCGCGGGUGUGUGAGUGUGUGAUGUGAUGUAUACGCACCGGCAGGCGACACGGGCGACAGCUGGCGCUUGAGGAGCUGGCAGUUGGCGACGCCAACCAAGGCGACAAGAAGAAGCAGGCCCAGGACACGGGACAUCUUCGGUGGAGCGAUAGUGG